GAGAGGCCAUUUACCUGCUCAGUCUGUGGGAAGGGAUUCACUUGCUCAUCUAACCUGAAGGUACAUCAGAGAGUUCACACUGGAGAGAGGCCGUUCACCUGCUCAGACUGUGGUAAGGGAUUCACUUGCUCAUCUGAACUACUGAGACACCAGUCAGUUCACACAGGGGAGAGGCCAUUCACUUGCUCAGAAUGUGGGAAGGGAUUCAUUCAGUCAUAUCAGCUGCUGAGACACCAGUCAGUUCAUACCGGGGAGAGGCCAUUAACAUGUUCAGUCUGUGGGAAAAGAUUCCCUUUGUCAUCUCAACUACGGAGACACCAGUCAGUUCACACUGGGGAGAGGCCGUUCACCUGCUCAGACUGUGGGAAGGGAUUCACUCAGUCAUCCGAUCUGAAAAUACAUCAGCGAGUUCACACAGGGGAGAGGCCGUUCACGUGCUCAGACUGUGGGAAAACAUUCACUUCGUCAUCUCAACUUAAGGUACAUCAGCGAGUUCACACUGGGGAGAGGCCAUUCACCUGCUCACUCUGUGGGAAGGGAUUCAGUUUGUCAUCUCAACUACUGAGACACCAGUCAGUUCAUACUGGGGAGUGGCCAUUCACCUGCUCAGACUGUGGGAAGGGAUUCACUUUUUCAUCUCAACUACUGAGACACCAGUCAGUUCACACAGGGGAGAGGCCAUUCACCUGCUCAGACUGUGGGAAAAGAUUCACUACGUCAUCACAACUUAAGGUACAUCGGCGAGUUCACACUGGGGAGAGGCUAUUCACUUGCUCAGACUGUGGGAAGGGAUUCAGUUUGUCAUCUCAACUACUGAGACACCAGUCAGUUCAUACCAGGGAGUGGCCAUUAACCUGCACAGUCUGUGGGAAGGGAUUCACUUUUUCAUCUCUACUACGGAGACACCUGUCAGUUCACACUGGGAAGAGGCCAUUCACCUGCUCAGAGUGUGGAAAAGGAUCCACUUCGUCAUCUCAACUUAAGGGACAUCAGCGAGUUCACACAGGAGAGAGGCCGAUCACCUGCUCAGACUUUGGAAGGAGAUUCUCUCAGCCAAAUCAAUCAAAUGUGCGUCAUUGA